AUGAUUCUUCCUUUGGUAUCAUUGUCCACCUCUUACAUAUGCCUCUCCUUUAUCAUAUCCCACUUCGUAUUCCCUGCGGUGUUGAUUUCAAACAUAAUUAUCUUUAUUUCUUCUUUCUUUCUUUCUUUCUUUCUUUCUUUCUUUCUUUCUUUCUUUCUAGGGCGGUUUCAUUCCAUUCCUGCUUUUAGUUCUGUCUUUUCUUCAUUAUCUCUUUUGGUCGUUCGUUUUACUUUUUUUUUCACUGACUUUAAUGUACAUUUCAUUUGGUCCCAUCUUAUUUUGUUCCUUAUCUUUGUUCUACCUUCCUUUCUUUUUCUUUCUUUUCAACCUUCUUUUUUCUUUCCUUUUUUCCUUCCUUCCUUCGUACCUAUUCAACGUUUUAUUUUAUACCUUCUCUCUUUCUUUAAAUCUUAUUGCCUCAAAGCUGACACUUGUCACAUCUUUUCAAUGAAAAGUCGACCCUUCUCACAUCCUUCCAUAGCAGAGUCGACACUUGUCACAUCCUUUCAUAGAAGACAGAGUCGACACUUGUCACAUCCUUUCAUAAAGUAUCGACUCUUCUCAUCCUUCCAUAGCAGAGUCGACACUUCAGAGUCGACACUUGUCACAUCCUUUCAUAGAAGAAUCGACUCUUCUAGCAGAGUCUUCCAUCCUUUCAUAAAAGAAUCGACACUUCUCACAUCCUUUCAUAGCAGAAGUCGACACUUGUCACAUCCUUUCAUACAUCCUUCCAUAGCAGAGUCGACCCUUCUCACCUUCUCAUCCUUCCAUAUAGCAGAUGUAGAGAGUCGACACUUGUCACAUCCUUUAAUAGAAGAGUUGACCCAUUCUUCACAUCCUUCCAUAGCAGAGUCGACACUUGUCACAUCCUUUAAUAGAAGAGUCGACCCUUCUCAUCCUUCCAUAGCAGAGUCGACACUUGUCACAUCCUUUCAUAAAAGAAUUGACCCUUCUCAUCCUUCCAUAGCAGAGUCGACACUUAAGAAUCGACCCUUCUCACAUCCUUCCAUAGCAGAGUCGACACUUGUCACAUCCUUUCAUAGAAGAAUUGACCCUUCUCAUCCUUCCAUAGCAGAGUCGACACUUGUCACAUCCUUUCAGAAGAGUCGACUCUUCACAUCCUUCCAUAGCAAAUCGACUCUUCUCACAUCCUUCCAUAGUCGACACUUGUCACAUCCUUUCAUAGAAGAAUUGACCUUCUUCUCCACAUCCUUCCAUAGCAGUCCUUUCCAUAGUAGUCGACACUUGUCACAUCCUUUCAUAAAAAAAUCGACUCUUCUCACAUCCUUCCAUAGCAGAAAGAAUCGACUCUUCUCAUCCUUCCAUAGCAGAGUCGACACUUGUCACAUCCUUCUCACAGAGUCCUUCCAUCCUUUAAGCAGAGUCGACACUUCAGAGUCGACACUUGUCACAUCCUUUCAUAGAAGAAUCGACCCUUCUCACAUCCUUCCAGCAGAGUCGACACUUGUCACAUCCUUUAAUGUUGAGAAGAGAGUCGACCCUUCACAUCCUUCCAUAGCAGAGUCGACACUUGUCACAUCCUUUCAUAAAAGAAUCGACUCUUCUCAUCCUUCCAUAGCAGAGUCGACACUUGUCACAUCCUUUAAUAGAAAGAAUGACUCUUUCCUCACAUCCUUCCAUUCUCACUUGUCACAUCCUUUCAUAAAAGAAUCGACCCUUCUCACAUCCUUCCAUAGCAGAAAGAGUCGACACUUGUCACAUCCUUUCAUAGAAGAAUUGACCUUCUUCUCAUCCUUCCAUAGCAGAGUCGACACUUGUCACAUCCUUUUAUCCUUUCACGUAAAAGAAUCACAUCAUUUGACUCUUCUCACAUCCUUCCAUAGCAGAGUCGACACUUCAGAGUCGACACUUGUCACAUCCUUUCAUAAAAGAAUCGACUCUUCUCCUUCCACAUCCUUCACAUCCUUUCAGCAGCAGAGUCGACACUUAAAGAAUCGACCUUCUCCAUCCUUCCAUAGCAGAGUCGACACUUGUCACAUCCUUUUAAUGGAAGAGUUGACCCUUCUCCAUCCUUCCAUAGCAGAGUCGACACUAUCAUCCUUUAAUAAAAGAAUUGACCCUUCUAGCAGAGUCGACACUUUGCUCAUUCCUUUCAUAGCAGAGUCGACCUUGUCACGUCCUUUCAUAGUAGAAUCGACUCUUCUCACAUCAUUCCAUAGCAGAGUCGACACUUUCACAUCCUUUAAUAGAAGAGUUGACCCUUCUCACAUCCUUUUUCAGCAGAGUCGACACUUGUCACAUCCUUUCAUAAAAGAAUCGACUCUUACAUCCUUCCAUAGCAGAGUCGACACUUCAGAGUCGACACUUGUCACAUCCUUUCAUAAAAGAAUCGACUCUUCUCAUCCUUCCAUAGCAGUCGACACUUGUCAUCCUUUAAUAGAAGAAGUCGACACUUGUCCAUCCUUCCUUCCAGAAGAGUUGACCCUUCUCACGUCCUUUUCCUUAGAAGAGUCGACCUACUCACAUCCUUCCAUAGAAGAGUUGACACUUCUCCCUUUCAUAGAAGAGUCGACCUUCUCCCAAGUCGACACUUGUCCUCCUUUCAUAAAAGAUCGACUCUUCUCACAUCCUUCCUUAGCAGAGUCGACGCUUGUCACAUCCUUUCGCUAA